AUGGAUGAAUCUGAGGACAAUUUGAGCGCCGAGGAGAUAAAAUUUGAAGAUGGUUCAUCUGUUAAAGUUAAAUCAAAGAAGCGGUCUCUUGUUGAAAGAGAGCUUGAAACAAAUCUAACAGCUCGGGUUACUUCUCCGAUCAUGAAUAGAGAUUCUUCAAGCACUAGUCGCUAUGGCAGGACUCGUCGAAUGAAAACCGAGACAGAUUUUUGUGACACUGAUAAAGCGGUGACAAAAUGCUUACAAUCACCAAAACGUGAUGUUACAAAGUCACCGAAUAAGACACAAUCACCAGCCUAUAAAAUGCACGCCUCAAACUCUCCUAUAAGAGUUGAAACACCAAAAAAAGAAUCUUUGAACAAUCAAAUCGAAAGCAUUUAUAGUGAAAACAUUUCAUUGAGCCGUUUCAGACCUGAUGAAAAAAAAUCAGCAGCAAAAAAGUUUCCCAAAGUUUACAUAAGAAAAGAUCUUAUACAGACAAAGGAGAAAGAAAUAGAUGAUACGGUUGUAUUAAUAAAAAAUAUAUUCUCACCGACCAAUAGUAUAACAAAAACUAAACCAAAUUUCGAUCUAGAAACGUCAGCUGAGAAGAAUUAUUCAAACAAAAUGAAUAACUACAUGAAUACGUUAUCCGUAGUUAAGACAUUGGAUUUCGAUGGUAAUAAAAAGAAGAAACGUGAUGAUAGGAAUGAAAGGAAAUCUUUAUCUAAGAGCGAGCUAUUCGAUUUGGAGGCCCAAUGUGAAUAUCAAGUAGGGGAUUUAGCGUGGGCAAGGAUGGGAAGUUACCCAUUCUGGCCUUGCAUCAUAACUAGAGACCCACAUAGUGGCAUGUUUGUUAAGAAAAAGUUAUUUGGUCGUAUUGAGCGCGACGUGAUGCAUGUUACUUUCUUCGGUGAUAAUGGCCGCCGCGGCUGGAUCGUGGACAGUAUGCUCAGAAAAUUCCUCGGGCAGCUUGAAUUUGAAGCUGCUAGGAUGAACUUUAGUGCUGAGACAAAGAAAAAGGACCCAAGAUUGUUUGCUGCAUUUUUUAUAUCAGAAAAGAAGACACCACAAUGGCAGAUAUCAGUUGAAGAGGCAGAAGCGUUGCUCAGGGAACCGAAACGAUUAAGAAUAGAUAUACUAAAUGAUAUGAUUGAAAAGUCCAGGGCUUUGAAAACUACUCCCAAACAGGAAAAAGGCAGAAAAAUCACUAGAACAAACAGUGAUGUAUCACUGAGUGAAAGUUUGUAUGACACAUUAUUUUCCGAAGACGACAGCAAAGUUAAAGAAACAGAAAGAUCUAGAAGUAAAAGUAGAAAUAAGUCAUUGGAUGUUUCCGAAGUUGUAACGGCCUGUUUGGACAAUAUGGCCGCCAAAACUGGUAUAACAAGAAUACAGCGACAAUCACACAUGGACAGAUGGCUACAGAAAGCUAAAUCCAAAACCCCAGAGAAAUCUCAUAAAUCUCAAAUCAAAGAAAGCAGUUUGAAACCAAAGAAAAGAAAUAGAGACAGAAAUAAUAAAAUCACAUCUGAUAGCAAACAUAACGAUCAUGAUUACAGUCGAGAUUACAGUCCGAAAGAUAGUCCAAUAGUUAUUGAGGAUGAUAUAGAAUAUAAUGCUGAAGAAUUCGAUAUACAGCCUGGUUCAGGAAUUGGCAUAAUAUCCAAAGUUGAAACGCUCUGUGGUAAAGAUACACACGAACACGAAAAAGAUCAUAUAAAUGAGGUUGCACAGGAAAAUGCAAUUGCACAGAAUACAGAUAUCGAACAAAUAAAUUGCGUGGAAUCAGUUCUGUGUGGUACAGAACAAACUAAUGAAAUAUCCCCAAAAGUUGCAUCCCAGAUUAGUACAGAUGUUGAGAGUGAUGUUGAACAGGUAAAUUCAGUUGAAUCACCAGAAAUAUCAUCCAUACAAUCUGAGUAUAAUGACGAUAAUAAUGAACCCGAAUUGAUGUAUGAGCAAAAUGAUAUAGAAUUAAAUACUGUUAAUAUAAAUGGUAUCAAAAAUUCACAUUCUAUAUUCACUAAGAUACCCGAUGUUACUGAUAAUAAUAUUUUGGAUAAUAUAUUCGCUACGGACGAUAGUUCUAGUGAUGUGGACACGAAUAAUGAAAGUAUCGAUGAUAAAACGAUUAAUAAUGAAGUCAAUGAAACAUCGAUAGAUUUAAAUAAUGUAAAUGAUGUUGCAUUGAUUGAGGAGAGAAUGGAUGUAGAAAAUAAAGAUAUAGGAAACAGUCCGUCUAGAGAAGAAACAGAUCAAAAUAAAUCAACAAAUAAUGAUCUGGGUGGAAAUUUAAAUAAUACUAACAGUGUUGAAAGCUCAUUAGACUUAGAUCAGAACACAAAUAACAUAAUUAACAAUAACUCAUUAAACAAAGAAAAUCAAGACUCAAAAGAUCAAGAAGUAAUUAGUGUUAAUAAUAUUGAAUUAUGUGAAAAAGAUAAUAUAAAUCAAGAAUUGGAUAGUGUUGUAGAAAAUAUUUCACCGGUCAUAGAAACUACAAGACAUCGUAGGCGUUGUUUGAAUGUGCCUUUAAACAAAUCUAUCGAUAUAGUUACUAGAAUAAGUGAAGAUAUAUCGAAUAUUGACAAAGAAGAAAAUUGUGAUAGUAAAUUGAAUGAAACUAUUGAAGAAUUACCUCAAAAUGUUAGUUAUAACGAAAAAUUAGAUAGUAUAGAAAAUGACCAAGAAACAUUGCCAUUGAAUGAUAUACAGAAUCCAUGUGGCGAUACUGAAAAUGUAGAUUUGGAAAGUAAUGAAGAAUCCAGUACUCAAGUUAAUACAUCUGAAGAAAAUCAAACUCAAAAUGUAACAAAGACUGAAUUAACUAUUAAUACAAACAGUUUAAAUGAGGAAGCUAAGGCAAAAAAUCCCAUAACAUAUGAGUUAUCAGAUCAAAAUGAAGGAAAAACAGAUGAGAUUAAAGAAGUAGAUAUAGAAAAAGAUAAUGAUAAUGUAUCAGUUGUAUCAGAGGGAAGUGAUACAUCAAGAAGGAAACGCGCCAAAGACAAGCCGAUUGAUAAGAAAUCUCUGUUAUCUGACGUGGAAUUCUUGAAAUACUUGGAAUUGAGACAAGAUGCAGUUAUGGAUGAGCAUCCUGAACUCUCGCAAGAAGAAAUCACUAGCUAUUUGUACAAAACUUGGUUGUAUGAAGAAAAUUUGAAACCAGAUAUAAAGAAAUGCGAUGACAUAGACCAAGCUAAUUUAGUUAAGGGCUUGAACUCAGAACCAGCGCCGGUCAAAAAAGCCAGGAAGAGGGUUAAAGUUGAAAAAGAGAUUGCGUGCGAGGAUACAACCAAAGAGAAAUCUAAAAGGAAAAUAAUACGCCCGUACUAUAAAGAGGAUUUUUCAGACGGGGAAGAUAGCGUGGAAUAUUUUGAUAUAUUUAAAUCUAAGAAGGACCAAAAAGCACCAAUUGUUGAUAGCAAAGAGAUAUACCAGAGUGAUGGAACCGUUCUCGAACGUAUAAUAAAUGUAGACGAAUACGUUCAAGACGAAUACGAUGAUGUGGAAGAAUACUUUAGACAACUAACAGCACCAAAACCUAACGUCUUUAAAGGUUAUGUGAGAGAAAAAGUAUGCGAAAUAUGCGAAAAAGUCGGCGGCUUAGUGAAGUGCAAGGGUUGCCAUUCGAUGUUUCAUGUUGAAUGUGACAAGAAGGAAAUCGAGAUUGUAGAAUGUCAGACGCCAACAAGAGGUAGAAGGAGAAAGAAGAAAACUCGAGGAAGAAAGGCCAAGGACGAUCAAGAUUCCGGUAGCGACGAAAAGUCUCAAGAUACAAACGGCUCAGAUGAAUUACACAUGUCGCUUGAAGAAGAAUCUCAUAUAAUAGCAAAUGCCGACGAUUUCGAGGCCCAAAUGUCCAUGAGAAUGCAAGAAAUGCUCAAGGAUCAGAACAUUCAAUACGAUUUCUAUUCACGCGAGGAAUUGGAUUGGAACGACACUCACGCUGGCGAAUGUAAAGUCGUAGACAUAAAGCCGAGGAUGGAUUCUAUAGAAAUAACUGAUUAUUCGGAAUUCAAAUGCAAGAACUGCCAAAAAUACGAUCCGCCUGUAUGUUUUGUAUGCAAAUAUCCUAUAUCGCCCAAAGAGAAACAGAAUCACAGACAGAAAUGUCAAGUGGCUCAUUGCAAUAAGUAUUACCACUUGGAAUGCUUAGAUCAUUGGCCCCAAACGCAAUUCAACGCCGGAGAAGUUUCUAGAACGAAUAAGUUCAGCGAAGCCCUAACUUGCCCGAGACACGUAUGUCAUACUUGUGUCUGCGAUGAUCCCAGAGGUUGUAAGACGAGAUUCAGCGGUGAUAAACUAGCAAGAUGUGUUCGUUGUCCGGCCACUUACCAUACAUUCACGAAAUGUCUACCGGCUGGCUCACAGAUAUUAACUGCUUCUCAUAUAAUAUGUCCACGACAUUAUGAGCACAGGCCUGGCAAAGUCCCGUGUCACGUGAACACGGGCUGGUGUUUCAUAUGUGCCUUGGGUGGGUCUCUGAUAUGCUGUGAAUACUGUCCCACGUCCUUCCACGCUGAGUGCCUUAAUAUUAAACCUCCGGAGGGUGGUUAUAUGUGCGAGGAUUGUGAGACUGGCAGACUACCGCUGUACGGAGAGAUGGUCUGGGUGAAACUGGGGCACUACAGAUGGUGGCCAGGUAUAAUUCUUCAUCCAUCUGAGAUUCCAGACAACAUCCUGACCGUGAAACAUACUCUUGGUGAAUUUGUGGUCAGAUUUUUUGGACAAUAUGAUUACUACUGGGUCAAUAGAGGCAGAGUGUUCCCAUUCCAAGAAGGUGAUUCUGGUAAAGUUUCUAGUCAGAAAUCUAAGAUAGACGCAGCAUUCACUAUGGCGAUGGAGCACGCACAAAGGGCUUGUUCGAUAUUAAAAAUGGCUGCGCCGAAUGAAGAAGAAUCUUCUGAUAUAGCAUCUUCCUUGCUACCUCCUCAUUAUGUUAAAUUGAAGGUGAAUAAACCCUGUGGGUCACUCUGCGGCAAGAAGAUAGAUUUGGAGGAGAGUUCAUUGACCCAGUGCGAAUGUGACCCUAAUGACAUCGAACCUUGCGGGCCCUAUACUCAAUGUCUCAAUAGAAUGCUCCUAACUGAAUGCGGUCCAACUUGUCGCGCGGGAGACCGCUGUAACAACAGAGCCUUCGAGAAACGUCUGUACCCGAGGCUGGGGCCUUACCGAACACCACAUAGAGGAUGGGGGCUGAGGACCAUGCAGGAUAUAAAAGCUGGCCAGUUUGUUAUAGAAUACGUAGGAGAAUUGAUCGAUGAGGAGGAGUUCAGACGUCGUAUGAACAGGAAACACGAAGUCCGGGAUGAGAACUUCUAUUUUUUAACGUUGGACAAGGAGCGUAUGAUAGAUGCCGGGCCUAAAGGGAAUCUGGCCAGGUUUAUGAAUCAUUCCUGUGAGCCGAAUUGCGAAACACAAAAAUGGACGGUUUUAGGGGACGUGCGUGUUGGAUUGUUCGCAUUACGUGAUAUACCGGCAAAUAGCGAGCUUACAUUCAACUAUAACUUGGAGACUUCAGGUAUUGAAAAGAAAAGGUGUAUGUGUGGCGCUAAGAGGUGUUCAGGAUAUAUAGGAGCUAAGCCUAAACAGGAGGAUCAACCAAAGAAAAUCAAACCGCAAGUGAAAAGGAUUUACAGGAAACGUAAAGCAGAAGAGUCGCCUUCUACAAGCCAGAACAAGAAACGAGGCAGACCUAUAAAACCGCGAGAGUUGACUGAAAUAGAAAAAGAUCUUUUAAUAAUAAAAAAUGCAACCAACGGCCUCUCUAGCGAUUCAGAAUGCUCUAGAAUAAGUAUGGACAGUUGUAAAGAUAUAAAGGCUCUUAAAAGGAAAAGGAUCAAUCUAUCCACUGAAGAGUUGUCUCCAAAGAGAUCUAAGAUUGAUGAAAUGAAUUUGGUUUAUUGA